AUGGCCGUCGCGACGCAGUCCGCUCAGGGUGCUGCCUCGACUUCCGCGUCCGGGGCGGCGGGCUCGACACGCAACAGCGAAUCCAGCUUCACUGCGUUCGCUCGCGUCCUGCAGGCGUGCAAAGAUCUCGAUCCGGCCGCAAGGAUCGAUCCGGAUGGUGGCACCGCUUUGCUGUUCGCAGAUGUCUGCUCGGGUCUAGGCGAAGAAGCGCUGGACAAUGCAGGGUAUGUCGCACGCCAUGCGGACCAGAACCUUGAGGACGACGACCGAGCAGCAUGGCAACUAGAACAGAACACCUGGAGGCUCAUCCACGGGCUCACUUCCGAGAGGCUACACCGACUCGAACGACAGUCUCAACUCGCAUCAGAGGAACAGCAAGAUAAGGCGAUGCAGGCCUACGAAACGCCGCUUGCAGCGAUACAGAGCAUCUUCGAAAAGGAAGAGCAUCUCAACGAGCUCCGAAUCAUCCGCGAAUGGCUACAGGACACGCUCGCUCCCAGGCACAUUGUUGAAGUACGCAAAGGCUACCUUGCAUUCACCAAGAACCGCGUCCGCGCCGAGAAGCGUGCCAGCGUCGGAGGAGGCUCCACGGCGAAUGACGGACGCAAGCUGACGUUCGGCUCGGCUGCCAGCUCGAGCUUUGCACCCAAGAACCGCGGCAAAGCAGUCAAGAACUUGGACCCGGAUGCGGUCUCGCGAGGUGAGGGCGGCCUCGAGCUCGAAGACGCUACAUACGAAAAGGCGCUGCUGCGAACUUUGUUCGAGUACGCGCGAGCAGGCCGCUUGGACGCCGCAUUUGAUCUUUGUCACCAGACCGACCAGAGCUGGCGAGCAGCAACACUUCGCGGUGCCAUGUUGUAUCACGAUCCCGCCGUCGGCUUCGAAGUGCAAGACGUCGACCGAGUCGUGGGCAAUCGCAACCGAUCACUGUGGAAGUCAGCGUGCAAGAAAUUGGCGGCCAACACCAACUUGGACGAAUUCGAAAGGGCAUUGUACGGAUCGCUGGCAGGUGACCUUUCCUCGGUGGCCCACGUCAGUCAGAGCUGGGAGGAGCUCCUCUGGGCACACGUCAAUGCCAAGCUGGAAGCUGCAGUCGACCUGAAGCUGGACGAGAGGCACAACUGGUGGAGUCAAGAGGCGGACGUCGAACUCUUCGGCGAGGGUGAGCACGGCGCUGUCAAACUCUCACAAGGCGUCUCUUCCACCUCAUCCGCUGCCGCUGCGGCCGCAUCCUCGGGAGGCGGAGAAGGGCCACAAGUCGGAAAGGUCUCGAAGAACGAGAUCGAGCUAGGAUCCCUCAACGGCGUCUUCGAAAAGCUCAGCCAAACGCAGUCCAACAGCAUCCAUCUCGAGGCCAACAACCCUUACCGCCUCGUGCAGAGGAGCAUCAUUUCCAACAAUCUGCCAGAACUCUUCAACCGAUUUGCGGACAACCUUGGCGACAUGCAAGCCAGUCUUGAGCCUGCAACAUUCGCACGGCUGCUGCGUUUCUUUGCUCAUUUGAUCCUUUACCUGCGCUUGCUGUCGAUCUCGCUGCCAGACUUUGCAUGCAACGCGAUCCUGUCGUGUUAUGUGCAGGUGCUCGAGGCAGCCGGCGAGUCGGAUCUGGUGGCCAUGUACGCCAGCUCGCUCGAGCCCCAAUCGGCAACGAGAAGCUAUGCCAAUUUCUUGCGAUCCAUGGAUGUCAAUUCGAGCUGCGAAGCAAAGGCGCAUGCACUUCGACAAGCAGAGGAGCACAACCUCGACUUCGCAGCGGUGGCCAGGUGCACGGUCGACAUUGUGUUUGACGAACUCUUCCCGACCAUCAUGUCCGACUUUGACGAGACGGCCGGCUUUGGCGGAGCGAGAAGCGGGCCAGGCAAGCUCGACGCAGCCCGAUUCGACAUUCGUCUCGAUGCCAAUGAAGAAGCUCUGGUGCGCGCCAUCGAUUGGCUCACCUUUGAUCCAUCAACGUACGCCGAUGCUAUCAUCCAAUCGAACAACCUCACACGACUCUUCCUGUCGACGGGACGACUGCACGCGGCCAAGGUGCUUCGUGACCGCAUGCCGAGCGACAUCUUGGCGGUGCUCGACAUUGUCGACGUCUCGAUGGACCAGAACAUCGAGCGCUCGGGCUGGGACACCUUCUUCACGGCUCUGGAAGCGCACGUGGCCUACAAGGCCUUCUGGACCACACGACCUGCGGAUGUGGCGGCUGCGGGCGCUCGUACCGGCGGUCUGUCCAAGCUGGAGCGCAUGAAUUGGACCAAGGCGCUGAGCCAGGUGGUGGAGCAAGCGCGCGAACUGGAUCUGGUGCUACUCAAGCGAGAUUGGCUCAAGAUUCCACUUGACCAUACAAGCGGUGGCCUCGAGACGGAGCGAAGGGCGCGGGAGUUGUUCGACAUCCGACAGACCUACAUCCCCGAGAUCGUGUUCCGCCUGCACGACAUGCUGGUGGAGUCGGCCAGCGUGAUCCCGACCAAUCUCAACAUGGCACUGCGUCUCUCCGAGAUCGUGGCCGACGAGCGACACAAGAUCUAUCUCGAGUUCAUCCGAGGCAACGGGCAGAACUUGCUGCAGGACUACCUGCUGCGCGUCCGCGAAGCAUCCUUGUUGCUGCUCGAGAAUGGCGGCGACGUCUUUGAGAAGGCAGUCGAGUCGUAG